AUGGCGGACAAGCUUGCAGGGUGGACGCUGCUGAUUAGCGAUCUUGAGGCCAAGUACAUGGAACUGGAGAAACUUGGCAAGGAGACCUUGCAGGAGUUCGCUACCAGAUUCUUGCGGGUGUCAUCAUCACCAUCAUCAUCUCCACCGCUGCUCUUCUUCUUCUCCAACAAGAUCUUCGAGCGCUUCGGCACGCCCAACUGCAUCAUCUUCAGCGUCGUGGCUUACGGCGUCCGUAUGAUCGUCUACACGUACGCGCACAACCCGUGGGUGUGGCUCCCGUUCGAGGCGCUGCACGGCAUGACGUUCGGGCUGCUGUGGGCUGCGUUCACCAACUACAUCUUCCAGUCGUCGCCCGAGGGCACCGAAGGAACGAUGAUCGGCCUACUGACCGCUGUGCAGAAGGGCAUGGGCGCGGCCUGCUCCACCCUGAUGGGCGGCUACGUGUACGAGCACUUCGGCCCGCGUGUCAUGUGGGGCAUCGGUGCGUUCGUGGUCUUCCCGCUGGCGAUCCUGUUCUCGCUCAUCUUCUCGUGCCUCGCUCGUGAGUACCCGGAGAAGAGCGCCGCGACCCGCGAGAAGUGGGGCAGCUCGUCCAGUUUGUGCUCGAUCGACAUCAACGACCGCAUUUCCAAGAAGAACGGCUACACGGAGAUCGACGGCGUGCCGGACUUGUAA